CCAAUUUAUAGCAAACCGAGGAGGAUCAAGGAAGGUGAAGAAGCGAGAGGGGAACAAAAUGACGCUCGUUUUCGAGCCGGCCUUCGUUCAAGCCCCGGAGCACCGGCCGGAGCCCGUCGUGUCCGAAGCCGGCGGGAUCCCUGUCAUCGACCUCGCCCCGCUCCACCUCCUCGACGCCCGCCUGGAGUUGCAGGCUCUGGUGGCGCAGGUGGAGGCGGCGUGCCGUGAUUGGGGCUUCUUCCAGGUGAUCAACCAUGGGGUUCCGCAGGGAGUGGUGGAGCGGGCGUGGGCGGCCUCGAGGGGGUUCUUCGCGCUGCCGCUGGAGGAGCGGCGCCGGGUGCGGCGCGACGAGGCCAAUCCGGUCGGGUACUACGAGGCGGAGAACACCAAGAACGUGCGCGACUGGAAGGAGGUGUUCGACUUGAUCGUCCACGAGCCGACCAUCAUCCCCUCUCUGACGGCGGACGGCGGAGAUGCCGAUGGGCUGAUCGAGCUGCGCAACCAGUGGCCCCAAUCGCCUCUUGGAUGCAGAGGAGCGCUGACAGAGUACGCCCAGGCCACAGAGGCGCUAGCUUUCAAGCUCUUGGAACUGAUCGCCCUCACCUUGAACCUGCCGGCCAAGAGGUUGAAUGACUUCUUCAGGGACCAGACCAGCUUCAUCAGGCUCAACCACUACCCGCCCUGCCCCUUCCCCGACCUCGCCCUCGGCGUCGGCCGCCACAAGGACAGCGGCGCCCUCACUAUCCUCGCCCAGGAUGAUGUCGGCGGGCUCGACGUCAGGAGACAGUCCGACGGCGAGUGGGUUCGCGUCAAGCCGGUCCCCAAUUCCUUCAUCGUCAACGUCGGCGACCUUGUUCAGGUGUGGAGCAACGACAGGUACGAGAGCGCAGAGCACAGGGUGUCCGUGAACUCGGCGAAAGAGCGAUUCUCCAUGCCGUUCUUCUUCAACCCUGCGCAUCAUGUGAUGGUGAAGCCAUUGGAGGAGCUUCUAGACGAGAAUAAUGUUGGCAAGUAUGAAGAGUUCAACUGGGGCGACUUCUUUAUGACAAGGAAGAAGAGUAACUUCAAGAAGUUGGAUGUGGAGAACAUCCAGAUAUAUCACUUCAAGAAGAACAAGUGAUCAUGUAACAUAUCUGUGUUGAAGAGAUCAUGUAACAUGAAAUAAAAUGGUGUUUGAUGGUGUGGAA